AUGGGCAAAAAGAAACGCAACAAGGAGAAGGGAGGAGAUUCUUCAUCGAAUAACAACGACGCUGCUGCUGCUUCUACAUCGGGUCGGAGUAGCAGAAAAACGGAGAGUCAAGCUACCAAUCCUUUGACGGUAGGACAAGCAAUAAUGAGGGAAAACUACCUCUCCUGCUGCCGCCAGUUUUACACCUUACCGGAGUUGAUUGAGUUCAUGACAACCAGGCACCGUGGCUUAACAGCUGAGAUGGUGACAGAGGCUUAUAGGAAGAUGUUGCAAUCCCAAAAUGCUGAAAUGUAUCUUCGACUUGCACAAUAUCACUCUGCAGUAAGGCAAAGCGAGCGCAAAAAGCGGGAAACAGAUGACUCGAUGAGCACUACUCCAGCAAGUACGGCUCCUCAGAGCGAUGGAGCUAGUUCUUCUUCUUCUUAG